AUGAGCGAAAAAGGCCUCCUCUCCACCAUAGCCCUCCAAGAGAAACGCAUCAAAAACCUCACCGACCUCUACCACCGCCGCCACACCCGCUCCGUCGACCUAAAGAAGAAAUGCGACGGCUGGCGCCACAAGCGGUGCGUCUCCGAGAGCGGGCCACGGGCCUACUGGAACAAGGACCUGGAGGAGGAGUCCAAACUCAAGACCGAGCUGGCAGCGCUGCUUGAGGAGAAGAGUGUGGAAGAGAGGACGUUGAAGGCGUUAUUGGGUGAAAUGGAGGCGAGGUUGGCCAAGAAGAAAGAGGAAGAGUGGGAGGAUGAGGAGGAGGGGGACGCGGGGGAGGAAGAGGGGGAGGGGGAGGGGGAUCAGGAGGAGGAGGACCGCGAGGAGCUUAGAGCGGGAGAGGCGGUCGUAUGGGAGAAAGAGAGGGGGGGGCCGAACGGGGUGGAGUGGCGCGCGGCGCAGAGGGCGGAGGAGACGGAGAAUGACGUUAGGAUGUUGGAGCAGCAGUGGACGAAGCAGACAGACAACUGGGAGGACGGAAAUAGCUGGGAUGAGCAGGUCGAGCCGGAUAGGUUGGGGCUUUGGAUCCCUUUGCGCAUGGACGGUGGCACGGCUUUGUGGGGUUAG